GAAUAUAGGCGGGACCCCAUAGGUUGCGUUAAAUAAUGUAAGCUGCUUGAGGACAGGUUGCAGGAGAUUCGUUAUUUAUUGUCUGUACAGAAGCCUUGAAUUGAUGUCUCUCCGCAAAAGUCUCACUGCCUUUGGGCGCGCGACUCUUAACAGGAGUUUGGUGAUCGCCACUCGCCAUCAUCGUGUGCAAGCGUUACAUCCAACCAAAACAAACACAGAAGACGAGUCCGUUGACAGUAGAGAGUAUGUAUCUUAUAGUAACAAGACCUCCAUUGACUUUGAACAGACCAAAGAAGCCUACAAGAGCAAAGACACUCUCGAGUUGCUUAGAAGCUUGGUGGUUUUCAAACUGUGCUCCUAUGACAUCCUGGUUGAUAAGAAUAAAGAGAUAAUGGACCUCAGCAGAAAGUUGUUGGGACAGAAGAUGUUUGAGCAGUUUAUGAAGAUGACGUUCUGUGGUCAGUUUGUGGCAGGUGAGGACCAUCAGUCCAUCAGGGCUGUAGUGCAGAAGAACCAAUCGUAUGGAGUCGGGGCUGUGCUGGAUUAUAGUGUAGAAGAGGAUCUCUCACAGGAAGAGGCUGAGAGGAAAGAGAUGGAAUCUUGCAUGUCUACAUCAGAGAAGGAAAGCCCUGGAGCUGACCACCGGGAGAAGAAGUUCACAGCCCAUCAGAAAUUUGGCGAUCGUCGUGAAGGCGUGACAAGCACUCGUACUUAUUUCUAUGCCGAUGAGGCGAAAUGCGACCAACACAUGGAGACUUUCCUGAAAUGCAUCAAAGCCUCGGGUGGAAGUUCUGAAGACGGUUUCUCAGCUAUUAAGAUGACUGCCUUGGGGCGACCACAAUUCCUGCUCCAGUUCUCCGAGGUGCUGGUGAAAUGGAGAUGCUUUUUCAGUUUCCUGGCUGCCAAGCAGGGGAAAGACAGCGUGGAGGUGCUGGAGCAGAAACUGGAUCUAGAGCAACUGCAGGUACGAACUGGACUGGGAGCUCAAGGCAACAUUCAUAGCUGCUUCUCUGAUGGACGACUGCACUCAUCAGGCAUGGUGGACAUGCUGGACUGGAACCGUCUGAUCGACGAGAGAACGAAGAUAUCUGAUCUACUGGUUGUCCCGAACCUGCAGACUGGUCAGCUGGAGCCUCCUCUGUCCAAGUUCACCGAAGAAGAGGAAAGGCAGAUGAAAAGGAUGAUUCAGCGACUGGACGUCUUGGCUAAGCAUGCGGUGGAAAAUGGCGUCAGGCUGAUGGUGGACACCGAACAGACGUAUUUCCAGCCUGCUAUCCUCAGACUCACUGUGGAAAUGAAGAGAAGUUUCAACCGAGACAAAGCUGUUGUUUUCAACACCUAUCAGUGCUACUUCAAACUUUUUGUGUUUGGCGGUCAACAGUCAUGUUGGCUGAAAGUGCAGACCAAAAGCAGGAUGAUUUAUGAGCAGCUGGUGUCUUUCAGGUGUCUGGAUUACAUGCUGGAGGAGAUCGAACGGAAUAAUAAAGCAAAUGUCAUGGUGGCAUCACACAAUAUAGACACGGUUAAACACACACUCAGAAGGAUGAAUGAAAUGGGUCUGCCACCCACAGAUAAGAAGGUGUACUUCGGCCAGCUCCUGGGAAUGUGCGACCAAAUCAGCUUUCCGUUAGCUCAGGCAGGAUUCCCUGUGUACAAGUAUGUUCCUUAUGGUCCAGUGAAUGAGGUGAUUCCGUAUUUGUCCCGUCGGGCACAGGAGAACCGUGGCAUUAUGAAAGGAGUGCAGAUGGAGAGAGAGCUUCUAUGGAAAGAGCUGAUGCGCCGACUGACCAGUGGAGAGGUCUUCUAUACACCUGCUGUAUAAGACUCUGCUUCUCACCAGAGACUCCUUACGCUUGAUUUUGCCUGUUCACCAAUUCAUUCGUAAAUCUUUUUUUUUCCACUCUCACCCAGGCUGUUCAAGACAUAACGCACAUGGGAUCCAUUUGAAUCAAAUACCACAAUUGGGUGAAGCUCACAAAAUGCAAAUCAUACUGAAAGUCAAAAAAAAAAAAAAAAGUGUGUUUGGUAAAGAAAAUUAAGUCUGUUUUUAGAGUUUCUGCAUUGCAGCAUUAUUUUCAUGACAGUUAAGCACACUUUGCCUCACAAUUAUAAUAUUUUAUUUUUGUCAACCAUGAAAACAAUGCACCUACAGCUGGUCAAACAUAUUCAUCAAGUAUUAAUGGGUGAAUCUCGUCAAAUCAUAUUUUACCUAAAAAUCAAGAAUAUAUAAUAGAAAAUAUUGCAAAUUUUGCAUAAAUAAAACAAAGCUCGUCAAACAUAUUUAUUAAAUAUUAAUGGGUGAAUCUCACAAUGUCACACACUGUAAAAAAUGUCAAAAUAUGUCAUA